ACAUAUAUGUAGGGCCUAUAUAUAGGCUAACAUUGCAUAUAUAGCCUUGUUAUCUGCUAAACAUUGUGAAGGGAUCCGGAUAUUUUUUCUGUUCCAAAUCACCAGCUGGAAAAUGUCACAAACAGAAUUUCGACCCAAUCAAAAUAAUGAAGUGGAAGUUACAGAGGGCAUGAAAACAGCUUUUGAUAAACAUGGUUACAUUAUGGUCAGGAAUUUACUGAACAGUCAAGAAUUAGAAAAACUGAAGAUGUCAUUGGAUGAAAAUGAAACAGUUAACGAGAACUCUGAGAAAGUUGAUGAUGGUGAGAACCGUUUUGCUCGUCUGACACUUUGGUCACAUCCUGGUGAUGACGUCACUGGCAUGAUCUCCAGAAGUGAGAAAGUUGCGGGAACAUGUGAACAGCUAUUGGAGGGCGAAGUUUAUCAUUAUCAUUCCAAGCUGAUGAUGAAAGUGGCUAAAGUAGGUGGCCGACACGCUUGGCAUCAAGAUUAUGGUUAUUGGUAUCGUAACACGGCCUUGUUUCCAGACAUGAUGACCGUCUUCAUCGCCAUUGACAGAUGUCAUCAGGGAAAUGGAUGCUUAGAAAUUUUAGACGGUUCACAUAAAUGUGGUCGAAUAGAGCAUAAUUUUGUUGGUCAGCUGAUAGGUGCGGAUAUGGAUCGUGUCAAUAUGAUUGAAAAAAGAUGCCCUAAAAAAUUCGUAGAAAUGAACCCAGGAGAUGGAUUAUUUUUUCACUGUAACCUGCUCCACUACAGUGGUCCUAAUCUAAGUGAAGAAAGAAGAUGGGCGUUUCUGAUUGCUUAUAAUAAAGCUAGCAAUGAUCCUGUUGAAGAACACCAUCAUCCUAAAUAUACUCCGCUACACAAGGUUCCAAAUUCGGCCAUAUUGAAUUGUGAAGUAUUAUGGGAUACGAAUGGAAAAUCAAUUCUGACAAAAGAAAGGCGGCAGCAAUCUAAACUUGCAGAAAUUAACGUGAAAAACUAAUUAUAAGAUUAUCAAAUCGUUGCAGUGUAGCUUUUCCUACCAUUUCUAAUUUUCAAAUUAGGGACUGUUGUGCUAAAUACUUUAUAUGCCAAAAUGCCCCCCCCCCCCGAAAAAAAACCAAAAAAACAAAAAAAAAACAAAAAAAAACAACAUUACUAUCUAAUUGGAAUAUAUGUAUUUAUUAAGUUCGAUCAUUAAUCGUACAUCUAAUUGUACAUCUGUUUUAUUAAAUUAUCUCAUUAAUUGUUCCUAAUGUAUUAAAUUCGAUCGUUUGUUCAUCUAACUGGGUUAUUAAAUCUUCUCAUUAAUUGUACAUCUAAUUGGGUUGUUAAAUUCUCUUAUUAUUUGUACAUCUAAGUAGUGUCGCCAGGUAAAUUUAUGUUGCUUAUAUUUAUAUUCUUUCAUUAUGUAAUGUGUAUU